GGGUGAUCCAAUGAUUGGUGCACGGUCUGAUAGCAUAUACUCAAGUAAAAGCACAAGUUUUGAACGACAGGAUUCGGAACGUUCAGUCCCUUCCUCUCAGCUAAGCUUUGACGGCGAAGACGAUGACGACGAUGGAAGCAAAUCUCUUGAUGCUGAAGCUGAACGCUUAGAACUGGAACGCUUGGCCAAAGAGCAAUUAGAGAAGGCUAGAGUCUCAUCUGUGGUAUUUGCCGUCCGAACAAACGUCAGCUUUGAUGGUUCUGCUUGUGUUGAUGGUCCGCUACCUGGACAUGUUGUCAGUUUUCAGCUGAAGGACUUUCUUCAUAUCAAAGAGAAGUUUAACAAUGAAUGGUGGAUAGGUCGAUUGGUAAAGGAAAAUUCUGAUGUUGGGUUCAUUCCCUCUCCUGCAAAGCUGGAAUACCUCCGGACGCGAUCCCGACCCUCAAAAUCUAUCAGCAAGGGAAAUUUUGAUUCUUCCUCGCUUCCACGCACUUCUGCUUCAAGAGCUUCGACACCUCCAGGCGACACCGAUGGUGAAGGCCGCGGUGAUGAGAAUGAACAGUCGUCUCGUAUUAAAAGUGUCAGCAAUUCCAAGGCUAGUAGAAAGACCUUUUUCAAAAAGACGGAUAAUAUUCCACCCUACGAAGUGGUUCCUACAAUGCGACCGGUUGUACUGAUAGGACCCUCUUUGAAAGGCUAUGAAGUAACUGACAUGAUGCAGAAAGCGCUAUUUGACUUUCUAAAGCAUCGAUUUGAGGGCAGAAUAAUCAUAACACGGGUGACUGCUGACAUCUCUUUGGCUAAACGCUCACUUCUUAAUAACCCAACUCGACGUGCUAUCAUGGAUAAGGCGUCGACGCGAAACCAAUCGUUCGAAGUGCAACAAGAAAUUGAGCGUAUUUUUGAUUUGGCGCGUACACAACAAUUAGUGGUGCUCGACUGCGACACCAUCAACCAUCCCAGCCAAUUGGCGAAGACGUCAUUGGCACCAGUGAACGUUUACGUGAAGGUCUCCUCUACCAAGGUCCUCCAACGCCUCAUUAAGACACGUGGCAAAUCACAGUCGCGUAACAUGAAUGUGCAAAUGGUCGCAGCGGAAAAACUGCUCCAGUGCACCAAUGACCAAUUCGACGUAAUUCUUGAAGAGAAUCAGCUUCAAGACGCCUGUGAACAUCUUGCGGAGUAUCUGGAGGCCUACUGGCGCGCCAGUCAUCCGGCCAUCGGUAAUACCGCCAAAGCUGAGCGUGUACUGGGUAUCAGUGGUCAGAUGAGCACUGCCUCAGUCCCCUCGAUGGAGAAAGCACGUUCACCGACACCGGAGGAUCGUGUUAGUCUACUCUCGCCACUCUCAGAAGAUGCCUCGGAUGCUACAGAAUCUGCACCGAUUCAGGAGAGAAUAUCUUCACGGUGGCAGAGGGAGGGUGGUAGGAAUGAUUAUGAUGGAAGGUGGGAGAGGAAAAUGGGUGAGAUGAGAACAGGUGAUGAGGUAGAGAUUGAAGAAGAGGAAGUGGAGGAGGAAGAGGAGGCGAUGAAUGUGGAAGCAGAGAAUGAUGUGGAGGACCUUGAGGAUGAGGAUGAGAACGAAGAAGAGGAGGAAGAAGAAGAAGAAGAGUAUUUGAAUUCAUCUGAGUACGAUGAAGAGGCACCUCAGCUGACCGAUUAUUACAGGGGCAGCUACCAGCCCAUAGGUCAAGGCCAACACAAACUACCACUGGUUCACCCGCGGCAAAUAAUUUCGCCUUCGAUACAUAUGGGUGUCGGUAGUAGUAGUGGCUCGAGGUAUCAUCAUUUGCACCCAUCGCAGAAUUAUCCUCAGCACCACCAGCCACAACAACGCCACCCAGUGCCCUUAAAUAAGCUCUAUUGGGAGGAGCGGGAAGGUGAUGUUAGCUACUCGGAUGAAGAUGAGAGGAUGGUCUUCCCCACUAAGGUCCUCCAACCCCUCAUUAAGACACGUGGCAAAUCGCAACCGCGUAACAUGAAUGUGCAAAUGGUCGCAGCAGAAAAACUGCGCCAGUGCACCAAUGUGAGUGUGCCUGUAAUCCCAUUGGUGAUUGGACGUGCUAAUCUCUCUUCGAUUGGCUGA